AUGGUCAAAAAGAGGCAUGUCUAGUAACAUUAGCAAGUUAAGGUGUAAGAAGUUAAUGGCUAGGGAAGGGGUUUCACUCUGUAUUCGCGUUAAAACAGUCUGUGGAUUAUUUUAAGUAAACUGUAAAUAUUUCAUAGAACGAAAAGAAAACAGCAGACUGCCUGUCAUAAUAGCGGAAUUAUGCAGAAUGCAGUAACCGGGAUAGCAAUGUUGACGGACGGCUUUGAGGACGAGAUUGAUUCGGUGACUCCGCGCUCCCCCCCGGCGGUGGGGCUUGGAGUUGGUGCCGGGCCGGGAGUUGGACUUGGAGGAAAGAAGGUUCGGCUAUUCGGAGAUGCUGGAUCAGGCGCAGAGCGAUUGGAUUUUAAAUUGGCCGCGGCUGCAGUGUUGUCCUCCGGUACGCCGGGCUCUGGCAGCGACGAGGAUGAAGUGUCUGAAGUCGAAUCUUUCAUACUCGACCAGGAGGAUCUGGAUAAUCCAGUACUUAAAACUGCUUCUGAGUUGUUUCUGUCAAGUACCGCUGAAGGAGCAGAUCUAAGAGCUGUGGACCCAGAAACACAAGCAAGAUUAGAAGCUUUACUUGAAGCUGCAGGAAUUGGUAAAUUGUCUACUGCCGAUGGUAAAGCCUUCGCAGAUCCCGAGGUGCUCAGAAGACUUACAUCCUCCGUCAGCUGUGCAUUGGAUGAAGCUGCUGCUGCGUUAACACGAAUGAGAGCAGAGAACAAUAUAAAUGCAGGACAGACUGAUAACCGCAGUCUGGCCGAAGCCUGCUCCGAUGGUGAUGUGAAUGCUGUGCGCAAGCUGUUGGAUGAAGGCAGGAGUGUGAAUGAGCACACUGAAGAAGGGGAGAGCCUGCUGUGCUUGGCAUGUUCGGCAGGGUACUAUGAACUGGCACAGGUGCUGCUUGCUAUGCAUGCUAAUGUAGAAGAUCGUGGAAUAAAGGGAGAUAUUACACCUUUGAUGGCAGCUGCCAGUGGAGGGUAUGGAGAUAUUGUAAAACUGCUACUUGUUCAUGGAGCUGAUGUGAAUGCCCAGUCUUCAACAGGAAACACCGCUCUCACAUAUGCAUGUGCUGGAGGAUUCGUUGAUGUAGUGAAAGUACUUCUGAAAGCAGGGGCCAACAUUGAAGACCAUAAUGAGAAUGGCCACACACCAUUGAUGGAAGCAGCCAGUGCUGGCCAUGUUGAGGUUGCACGUGUGCUUUUAGAAUAUGGUGCUGGAAUUAACACCCAUUCUAAUGAAUUUAAAGAAAGUGCACUUACACUGGCAUGCUAUAAAGGGCAUUUAGAUAUGGUGCGUUUCUUACUUGAAGCUGGGGCAGACCAAGAGCACAAAACUGACGAAAUGCACACAGCUUUAAUGGAAGCUUGCAUGGAUGGCCAUGUAGAAGUAGCUCGAUUGUUGUUGGACAGUGGUGCUCAAGUAAAUAUGCCAGCCGACUCAUUUGAGUCGCCAUUGACAUUGGCAGCUUGUGGUGGUCAUGUGGAGUUGGCAGCUUUACUUAUAGAAAGGGGAGCAAAUCUGGAGGAAGUGAACGAUGAAGGAUAUACUCCACUAAUGGAAGCUGCAAGAGAAGGGCAUGAAGAAAUGGUGGCACUGCUUUUAGCACAAGGAGCCAACAUUAAUGCGCAGACGGAAGAAACCCAGGAGACUGCACUUACCCUGGCCUGCUGUGGAGGGUUUUCUGAAGUGGCAGACUUCCUUAUUAAGGCUGGUGCAGACAUCGAGCUCGGCUGUUCCACACCUUUAAUGGAAGCUGCUCAGGAGGGGCACCUUGAGCUUGUCAAAUAUCUUUUGUCAGCAGGGGCAAAUGUUCAUGCCACUACUGCUACGGGUGACACUGCAUUAACGUAUGCCUGUGAGAAUGGCCACACAGAUGUUGCAGAUGUGCUGCUGCAAGCAGGAGCAGAUUUGGAACAUGAGUCAGAAGGAGGGAGAACACCCCUGAUGAAGGCUGCAAGAGCUGGUCACUUAUGCACUGUACAGUUUCUCAUUAGCAAAGGUGCUAAUGUUAACAGAGCUACAGCUAAUAAUGACCAUACUGUUGUGUCUUUGGCUUGUGCUGGGGGUCAUCUGGCUGUCGUUGAACUCCUCCUGGCUCAUGGAGCAGACCCAACACAUCGAUUAAAGGAUGGGUCAACAAUGCUUAUAGAAGCAGCAAAAGGUGGUCAUACAAAUGUGGUUUCCUAUUUAUUGGACUAUCCAAACAACAUUCUGUCUGUCCCAGCACCCGACAUGACCCAGCUCACUCCACCUUCACUUGAUCAGACUCAGGUUCCCCGUGUACCAAUAAAGGCACUUGCAAUGGUUGUACCACCUCAGGAACCAGACCGAGCUCCUCAGGACAGUACUCCUCCUCCUCUCGCUGUUGUCAACAAAGGUACGUCAAAGCAGCGACAAGGUUCUCUUCAGGUAGCUGAUCAGGAACAUGUGCCCCAUUUCUAUCAGUACCAGCCUUUGGAAUGUAUUGUGGAAGAAACUGAAGGGAAACUUAACGAACUGGGACAGAGAAUUAGUGCUAUUGAAAAGGCGCAGAUAGAGUCUUUGGAACUUAUUCAGGGUGAGCCCCUUAACAAAGACAAAAUAGAGGAACUCAAAAAGAGCAGGGAGGAGCAAGUGCAGAAAAAGAAGAAAAUUCUGAAGGAGCUGCAGAAGGUAGAAAGGCAGCUGCAGCUGAAAACGCAACAGCAGUUUACCAAAGAAUACUUGGAGGCCAAAGGUCAGAAAGACGCAUCCCUGCAGCUUCAACAGCCCUGUCCUCACAGAGGUGCAAGCCUGCCAGAAGAGGAUUUUCCAAAGUUACCAGAGGUGGACACCAUCUUACCUCGGGAAGAACGGCAACAGCAACUGUUAAUCUCUGCUGCUGUACAAAAUGGUGUUGUCCCAUUUCAGGCCCUGCCAGCAGUGCAGUCUCCAGAUUUCUCUAAAAGCGCUGUAUGUACUGGAACAAGUGCGCCUGACUUACAAGCACUGCAAACUGUGUUAACGAAUCAGCACAUGUUAGGACAGCAGCAGAUUGCUGGGCUUGGGCCGGGGCUGUUGACGCCGGCAUCUGACGGACUAAUGGUCGCCACUCCAGCACAAACACUUACAGAUACUCUUGAUGACAUAAUGGCGGCCGUGAGUAACCGAGUUCCUGCCACCUCGGGCACUUCUCCACACUCUACAUCUCAUGGUGCCGAAUCAGAUACAGAAACCCCCGACAACCUUGUGGCUUCAUCAGUACUACCUCUGUACCCUUCAGUAGAUAUUGAUGCACAUGUUGUCGAGUUGUUGUUGGCUCGGGGUGCAAAUAAAGAGCAUCGGAAUGUGUCUGAUUACACACCACUAAGCCUUGCAGCAUCAGGGGGCUACGUCAACAUUAUCAAAAUCUUGUUGACUGCUGGAGCAGAAAUAAAUUCAAGGACUGGUAGUAAGCUGGGUAUCUCUCCUCUCAUGUUAGCUGCUAUGAAUGGCCAUGUACCUGCAGUGAAGUUGCUUCUCGAUAUGGGUUCAGAUAUUAAUGCUCAGAUUGAGACCAAUCGUAACACAGCUCUUACCUUGGCUUGUUUCCAGGGCCGAGCUGAGGUUGUAAGCUUACUGUUAGACAGGAAGGCUAAUGUGGAACAUCGUGCCAAAGGCCAUGUCAAGGUGGUGCAGUACUUGGUUAAAGAAGUUAAUCAGUUUCCUUCAGACAUCGAAUGCAUGCGGUACAUUGCCACGAUCACUGAUAAGGAUCUGUUGAAGAAGUGUCAUCAGUGCAUGGAAACAAUAGUAAAAGCAAAAGACCAGCAAGCUGCUGAGGCCAACAAGAAUGCAAGCAUUUUACUCAAAGAGCUUGACUUGGAAAAGUCAAGAGAAGAAAGUCGAAAACUGGCCCUGGCAGCCAAGAGGGAGAAAAGGAAGGAAAAAAGAAAGAAGAAGAAAGAGGAGCAAAAGAAAAAGCCGGACGAGAACGAUAGUAAAGAUCCGUCCGAUUCUGCUAACGAGGAGAGUACACUUGAAGUGGAAGCAGAUGUACCACUAGAGCCACCAAGUGCAACUACCACAACCACAAUCGGCAUCUCUGCAACAUCUGCAACUUUUGCAAUUGCAUUUGGGAAGAAGAGAUCCAGUGUUAUCACCACACCUAACACAAACAGAAAGAAUAAGAAAAACAAAACAAAAGAUACAUCUCCAAAUUCUCAAAUAAUAUUACAGGAUUCACAGAUGUCUAUAGCACAGCAAAAAGCGGAUAAAAAUAAAAUAAAUGGAGAACCUCGAGGCGGUGGACCUGAAGGUAAUAGUGAUUCGGAGAAUGUUGACAGCACAGACUGCAACAGUGAAAGCAGUAGUGGCAGUAAAAGUCAAGAGCUGAAUGGUUCUGUAGAUUUAAAUCCUGCUGCUGACAGAAGGCCACCGUUAGACUUAGCGCAGUCUUCUAGAGAGGAGAGAGCAGCCGUGUCUGUACAUCGACCUCACACCAGAGUGCAGGACGGAGACACUGGCCUGAGUUCUUUAACUCCUACUUACAAAUCUGUGGCACUUUCAUUGGCUUCUCCAAAUGCAAAGAUCAGUCUCACAAGUCCUAAACGGGGGAUGAAAAGAGAAGAAGGAUGGAAAGAAGUUGUUCGAAGGUCAAAGAAGCUGUCAGUACCUGCAUCAGUAGUAUCCAGAAUAAUGGGAAGGGGGGGUUGCAAUAUAACUGCCAUUCAGGACGUCACCGGUGCCCACAUUGAUGUCGACAAACAGAAGGACAAAAACGGAGAGAGAAUGAUCACAAUAAGGGGAGGCACAGAGUCCACAAGAUACGCAGUGCAAUUGAUUAAUGCACUUAUUCAGGACCCUAACAAGGAACUGGAGGAUUUAAUACCGAAGAAUCACAUUAGAACGCCCACUGCCAGCUCAAGAGCAGGAUCUGGCAAUAGUUUCGCCACGGCUGCUUGCUCUGCAGUUGCUGCAAACAGGACAAUGGCAUCACUGGCAGCGUCAUCAGUAACAGCACUGCAGUCAGCGACACUAAAUUCUUUGCACUGUACCAACAAAGCUAACAAAAGUGUUACAUUAAACAGCGUACGCCCCCCAUUUCCUGUUUCUCUUCCUUUGGCUUACCCUCACCCUCAACUAGCCUUUCUUGCUGCUCAAACAAUGCAACAGAUUCGUCACCCUCGAUUACCUAUGGCACAGUUUGGGGGAAACUUUUCAUCACCUUCAAGCACUUGGGGACCUUUUCCAGUAAGACCAGUUAGUCCAGGCAGUACAAAUGGGUCUCCAAAGCAUAAUGGAACUGGUCGGCCAGCUAGCCAGAACAGCAAUAGUUCACAGCCUGAAUCUGCAAGUUCAGCUUCUGCUCUCUCACCUCCUGUAACACUUUCUCCUUCAGCUGUCACUACUCAAUCACUCUCUGUGACAAGCAGCCCAACUUCUUCAGCCAGAAAACAACUUUUUCCUUGUGUCCCUAGAACAAGUACUGUGUCAGCUUUGACCUCAACUGUGACUAGCUCUUGUAAUGCUCUGCCAUCUAUUUCUGCAGCAUCUGCUAACAGUGAACAUGCUUCCACAUCACCGCCACCUGCUGCUGUACUCGCACAACAGCCAGCUGUGUCAAAGUGUGACUCCUUCCCUGCCGCUUUAACACCCAAAGAAAAGGCAUCACAUGAGCAGCCUGUUGGACGUUUGUGCACAUCAUCUCUGACUUCAAAUUCUAACACCACUGCCAGCAGUUCAGGACUUCAGUCGUCAAGCUCUCCUCCUUUAAGUGCUCUGCAACAGUUUCCAUCAGACAGCCUUUCAGAAACCAGCUCAGCCUUGUCCUUGCCUUUUGCGUCCAGUUCUGAACCUGGACCUGCUUCAUCAAGCCUAGCCACAUCCCGCUCAGUUACUUUGUCCACAGGUACGAGUGAACAGACCAGCAGUACCUUGCCUCCAGUAGCAGCUCCAGCACCUCGACUUUCCAGCAGGAUGCAGUCCAGUGGUACUUUCUACUCUGUCAUACCUGGUGCAGCACUUCAGCAGGACCACCAGUCUGUUUUUGUCGCAAACCCUGUUCAUCUGACAAGUGCACAGGAUCAGUUGAAACAGUCAGGAAUGCCUGCUGCUAUACAACUGUCAUCGCUAAUGAACAGUUCACAGAUGCAUAUCAGUCCCGCUAAUAAAUCUUUACCUCCUAAUUUUGGACCAGCAGCACUUUUCAGUCCCUUCAACAGUCUUUUUGACAACAGCCAGGUAACUGCUAAUCCUGUAUGGGGAAACUGCUCUCCAUUGUCAACACGAACAGCACCAGAUCAAGCUUACAGUGCUCAGACAAAUUUCAUUGGAAACCUGGACAACACGUUUACUCCUGACAAUGCUAAGGCUCCUGGGUUCAGACCACUUCCCCAGAGGCCUUGUACAAGUCCAGUAGGAGUGACGUUAGAUUCAUCUGGCAUUUCGGUUUCUUCUCCUUCCACACCUCUAACGAGCUUUACUGCGAAUAUGGCUGGAAGUCAAGUACUUUUACAAGGUCCUCCUCCUGUUGGCACCCCAAGCUUUAGCAGACAGCACUUCUCACCUCACCCCUGGACAAGUGUUUCAAACACAUGUGAAUCCCCUGUUCCAGCUGUAUCUUCUGGAUCCUCUUCUCCCCAUUCAUCUGCUUCUGCUGCUCCUUCAUUGGGCCAAGCAAAAGCAAGUAGCAUGAGUCAAGAUCGAAAAGUGCCGCCUCCUAUCGGAACAGAGAGACUUGCCCGCAUUCGACAAGGAGGCUCUGGUACUCCUGCCCCUUUAGGAGCCAACUUUACAGGCCCUGUUGGACAUGGAGGUAUUUGGUCUUUUGGAGUGAGUGCUUCAGAGGGUCUUUCCGGUUGGUCCCAGCCCGUUAUGGGAAACCAUCUAGUACACCAACAAGUAAGCGACCCGGCUGCUUUUUCUCAGCAUCAGCCAUUAGAACGAGAUGAUACUGGAAUUGUAGCACCAUCAAAUGCGUUCCAUCAGCCUGUGCCGAGCAAUUUCAUGGACUUUUCCAAAGGUGUGCCACUUUCUAUGUAUGGAGGCACUGUGAUCCCUUCCCAUCCUCAGCUGGCUGAUGGUACCGGAGGACCUAUAUUUAAUGGACUUCAUGCUGCUGAUCCUUCAUGGAACCCAAUGAUAAAAGUUGUACCAACCACAACUGAUGGUGCUGACCCCCCACAGGUAGAGUACACAUGGGGCACAUGCAGUACAGGAGAGGUUGUGUGAUUUGUUUGCCAUUCA